GAGUAAGAGUCUGCGGGACCGGCAGCUGUACUUCAUCUCCCGGCGGGCCGAGCGCUGAAGGCAGCGGCGCGGCGCGGCGCCUUUGUGGUAGCAGUGGCCCCGCGCGGAGGAAGUUCCGGUCCCCGCGGCGCUGGGUCGGUGGCGGAGGCUGAGGAGAAGGAGGAGCGGGCCGUGGAGGCUUCGCCGCCUAGGUAAGGGCCCGGGAAUGGAGGGAGGGCGUGCCAGAGCCUGCCAGGGAAUAGCCAGCAGACAGGCCCGCUCUAGACGUCGCAGGCCCGUGCAGCCUGAAAGCUGUGGCUUCAGUGUCGCGGGACGGCUGCGGCCUCGCUCGGGAAGAAGACCAAGCAACGGUGAGGUACUGCUAUAACCAGAAUUUGGUAGAAAAAGGAUCUACUUGUUGGGGCCCUCUUGAUAAAAAGAGAUGUGGGGGGAUCCUCGACCUGCUAACAGAACUGGACCUUUUCGUGGGAGCCAAGAAGAAAGGUUUGCUCCCGGGUGGAACAGGGAUUAUCCUCCUCCUCCCCUUAAGAGUCAUGCUCAAGAGAGACACUCUGGCAACUUUCCUGGCAGAGAUUCACUUCCCUUUGAUUUCCAGGGGCAUUCGGGGCCUCCUUUUGCAAAUGUAGAGGAGCAUUCUUUCAGCUAUGGAGCUAGAGACGGACCGCAUGGUGACUAUCGAGGAGGGGAGGGACCUGGACAUGAUUUCAGGGGGGGAGAUUUUUCGUCUUCAGAUUUCCAGAGCAGAGAUUCAUCACAGUUGGACUUCAGGGGUAGGGACAUACAUUCUGGGGAUUUUCGGGAUAGAGAAGGACUACCUAUGGACUAUAGGGGUGGAGAUGGUACUUCUAUGGAUUAUAGAGGUAGGGAGGCACCUCACAUGAACUACAGAGACAGGGAUGCUCACGCUGUUGACUUCAGAGGUAGGGAUGCUCCUCCAUCUGACUUCAGGGGCCGGGGCACUUAUGAUUUAGAUUUUAGAGGCCGGGAUGGAUCCCAUGCAGAUUUUAGGGGAAGGGAUUUAUCAGAUUUGGAUUUUAGGGCCAGAGAACAGUCCCGUUCUGAUUUUAGGAAUAGAGAUGUAUCUGAUUUGGACUUCAGAGAUAAAGACGGAACACAAGUAGACUUUAGAGGCCGAGGUUCAGGUACUACUGAUCUAGACUUUAGGGACAGGGAUACGCCACAUUCAGAUUUCAGAGGUAGACACCGGUCUAGGACUGAUCAGGAUUUUAGGGGCAGAGAGAUGGGAUCUUGUAUGCAAUUUAAAGAUAGGGAGAUGCCCCCUGUGGAUCCAAAUAUUUUGGAUUACAUUCAGCCCUCUACACAAGAUAGAGAACAUUCUGGUAUGAAUGUGAACAGGAGAGAAGAAUCCACACAUGACCAUACGAUAGAAAUGCCUGCUUUUGGCAUUCAGAAGGGAGAAUUUGAGCAUUCAGAAACAAGAGAAAGAGAAACACAAGGUGUAGCCUUUGAACAUGAGUCUCCAGCAGACUUUCAGAACAGCCAAAGUCCAGUUCAAGACCAAGAUAAGUCACAGCUUUCUGGAGGUGAACAGCAGAGUUCAGAUGCUGGUCUGUUUAAAGAAGAAGGCGGUCUGGACUUUCUUGGGCGGCAAGACACCGAUUACAGAAGCAUGGAGUACCGUGAUGUGGAUCAUAGGCUGCCAGGAAGCCAGAUGUUUGGCUAUGGCCAGAGCAAGUCUUUUCCAGAGGGCAAAACUGCCCGAGAUGCCCAACGGGACCUUCAGGAUCAAGAUUAUAGGACCGGCCCAAGUGAGGAGAAACCCAGCAGGCUUAUUCGAUUAAGUGGGGUGCCUGAAAAUGCCACAAAAGAAGAGAUUCUUAAUGCUUUUCGGACUCCUGAUGGCAUGCCUGUAAAGAACUUGCAGUUGAAGGAGUAUAACACAGGUUACGACUAUGGCUAUGUCUGCGUGGAGUUUUCACUCUUGGAAGAUGCCAUCGGAUGCAUGGAGGCCAACCAGGGAACUCUAAUGAUCCAGGACAAAGAAGUUACCCUGGAGUAUGUACCAAGCCUGGAUUUUUGGUACUGCAAACGAUGUAAGGCAAGCAUUGGUGGGCACCGAUCUUCCUGUUCAUUCUGCAAGAACCCAAGAGAAGUGACAGAGGCCAAGCAAGAAUUAAUAACCUACCCUCAACCUCAGAAAACAUCCAUACCAGCACCAUUGGAAAAACAGCCCAACCAGCCCCUAAGACCAGCUGAUAAGGAACCUGAACUCAGGAAGAGGGAAGAAGGACAGGAGUCACGCUUAGGACAUCAAAAGAGAGAAGCAGAAAGGUAUCUGCCUCCUUCUCGAAGGGAAGGGCCAACUUUCCGAAGAGACCGAGAGAAGGAGUCAUGGUCUGGAGAGACACGCCAGGAUGGAGAGAGCAAAACCAUCAUGCUAAAGCGUAUCUAUCGUUCCACACCACCUGAGGUGAUAGUGGAAGUGCUGGAGCCCUAUGUCCGCCUUACUACUGCCAACGUCCGUAUCAUCAAGAACAGAACAGGCCCUAUGGGGCAUACCUAUGGCUUUAUUGACCUCGACUCCCAUGCGGAAGCUCUUCGUGUGGUGAAGAUCUUACAGAACCUUGAUCCACCAUUUAGCAUUGAUGGGAAGAUGGUAGCUGUAAACCUGGCCACUGGAAAACGAAGAAAUGAUUCUGGGGACCAUUCUGACCACAUGCAUUACUAUCAGGGUAAAAAAUAUUUCCGAGAUAGGAGGGGAGGUGGCAGAAAUUCAGACUGGUCUUCAGAUACAAAUCGACAAGGACAACAGUCAUCAUCUGACUGCUACAUAUAUGAUUCUGCUACUGGCUACUAUUAUGACCCCUUGGCAGGAACUUAUUAUGACCCCAAUACCCAGCAAGAAGUCUAUGUGCCCCAGGAUCCUGGAUUACCUGAGGAAGAAGAGAUCAAGGAAAAAAAACCCACCAGUCAAGGAAAGUCAAGUAGCAAGAAGGAAAUGUCUAAAAGAGAUGGCAAGGAGAAAAAAGACAGAGGAGUGACGAGGUUUCAGGAAAAUGCCAGUGAAGGGAAGGCCCCCGCAGAAGACGUCUUUAAGAAGCCCCUGCCUCCUACUGUGAAGAAGGAAGAGAGUCCCCCUCCACCUAAAGUGGUAAACCCACUGAUCGGCCUUUUGGGUGAAUAUGGAGGAGACAGUGACUAUGAGGAGGAAGAAGAGGAGGAACAGACCCCUCCCCCACAGCCCCGCACAGCACAGCCCCAGAAGCGAGAGGAGCAAACCAAGAAGGAGAAUGAAGAAGACAAACUCACUGACUGGAAUAAACUGGCUUGUCUGCUCUGCAGAAGGCAGUUUCCCAAUAAAGAAGUUCUGAUCAAACACCAGCAGCUGUCAGACCUGCACAAGCAAAACCUGGAAAUCCACCGGAAGAUAAAACAGUCUGAGCAGGAGCUAGCCUAUCUGGAAAGGAGAGAACGAGAGGGAAAGUUUAAAGAAAGAGGAAAUGAUCGCAGGGAAAAGCUCCAGUCUUUUGACUCUCCAGAAAGGAAACGGAUUAAGUACUCCAGGGAAACUGACAGUGAUCGUAAACUUGUUGAUAAAGAAGAUAUCGACACUAGCAGCAAAGGAGGCUGUGUCCAACAGGCUACUGGCUGGAGGAAAGGGACAGGCCUGGGAUAUGGCCAUCCUGGAUUGGCUUCAUCAGAGGAGGCUGAAGGCCGGAUGAGGGGCCCCAGUGUUGGAGCCCCAGGAAGAACCAGCAAAAGACAGUCCAACGAAACUUAUCGAGAUGCUGUUCGAAGAGUCAUGUUUGCUCGGUAUAAAGAACUCGAUUAAGAAUGGAGACAAGUUCCGUGGGACACAACCUCCUUCUUGUUUUGUUUGUCUCUCCUUUUCUUUUGUUACUGUUCUUGCUGCUAGAACUUUUUUAAAUAAACUUUUUUUCAGUGUGA